UUAAAUCAGUGCAGGUUGAUCGUUUUGGCUCCUUUUGAUCCAUGCGGCUUCGUCUCUGCUGACCACCCACCUCCUGCAGAGCGAUGGAGAAGCAGGUACAGGAUCUGAAGCUUCAGCUGGAAAAGCAAUGUCUGAUCAACCAAGAGCUAAAGAGGCAAAACAAAGAUCUGGAGCAACGGCUGAGGGAGAAAGAAAAGCUUUUACAAGAACUGAACACUCAAUAUCAUGAUCUUGAGUUUCCCUCCCGGAGCAGCAACGAGGUUGAUUCUGAAUUUAGAACGAGCCGUGCGGCUGUUAUCGCCUCCGAACCGAUUCCUGAAACUGUGGAAAUAUCACACACUAAAGUCAAGAAGACGGUCAGCGAGACCAGUCUGAUUGUUAAAGCCAUCCAGAAAAAUGACUUCCUGAGCCGCCUCGACGAUGAGCAGAUAGCCAUGAUGGUGGACCUUUUAGUGGCAUCUCACAUUAAACCUGGGGGGGAAGUCAUCAGCGAGGGGUCUGAAGGAGACAGCAUGUACAUUGUUGCAGAUGGUGAGUUGAUUGUCACCCAGGCAGGCCGGGACCUCCGGACUCUCAUCCGGGGAGAUGUUUUCGGAGAGUUAGCCAUCCUGUACAACUGCAAACGAACAGCAACAGUCAAAGCAAAGACCUCCGUGCACCUGUGGUGCAUGGAGCGCCAGACCUACAGAACCAUCAUAACCAACAAGUCCAAGAAGAAACGGGAGCAGCUCAUGGGCUUCCUGAAGACGUCUCACACUCUGAAGGACUUAAAUGAUGUGCAGUUGUCAAGGAUCAUCGACUCUAUGGAGGAGGCAAAGUUUCAAGACAAAGAUGUUAUCGUCCGCGAAGGAACAGAAGGAAACACGUUCUACAUCAUCCUCAAAGGCGAGGUUUUGGUGACCAAGAGUGUGAACGGACAUCAAAAGACCAUUCGCAGGAUGGGGAAAGGGGAGCACUUUGGGGAGCAGGCGCUCAUACGGGAGGUACUGAGAACGGCCACCUGCACGGCCAACGGCCCCGUUACAUGCUUCUCCAUUGACAAGGAGGUUUUUGAAGAGACAAUCCCCGUAGAGCACCUGGAGCUGUUCGAUGACUCCAAAGUGAUGCAAGAGGCACAAGCUCCAGAAAAGUCAAGUCCCAGCUCUUCACUGAGGUUCAAGGAUUUGGUUCCUGUCUGUUAUCAGGAGGGUCGGUAUCAGGGGGAUCCAGUCACACUCGGAGUUGGAGGGUUCGGUCGUGUGCAGUUGAUGGCAACAAUAAAUCAUGGGAAAUAUUACGCCAUGAAGCGAGUCAGCAAGAAGCAAAUUGUUGCAAAGAGGCAAGAGGAGCACAUGCUGUUUGAGAGGAAGAUCCUCAAAGCGAUCCAGUGUGACUUCAUUGUCAAACUUUAUGCUGCCUUUAAAGACACAAGAUAUAUCUACAUGAUGAUGGAGUUCUGUGGAGGCGGGGAGAUCUGGACCAAACUUAAAGAAGUAGGGCGAUUUGAUGAGCCGAUUUCUGUGUUUUGCUCCGCCUGUGUGGUGGAGGCCUACGCUUACCUCCACAAGAAGAGCAUCAUGUACAGAGACCUGAAGCCGGAGAACCUGAUGUUGGACAUGAGAGGCUACGUUAAACUGGUGGACUUUGGUUUUGCAAAGGAGAUGGUGCGAGGUGAGAAAACGUAUUCUUUUGUGGGUACUCCUGAGUACAUGGCUCCAGAGAUCAUCAAGAAUCAGGGACACGACUUUGCAGUUGACUUUUGGUCCCUUGGCAUCCUGAUCUUUGAACUUCUGGUGGGAAGCCCUCCAUUUUCAAGCUCCGAGCCCCAUAAGAUUUACACCAAAAUCUUGGACGGGGUGCUAAAGUUUCCACCUUACUUGAGUGAGGCAGCCAAGUCUAUCAUCAGUAAACUGUGCAGGCCUCGGCCUGGUCAGAGGUUAGGGAACACCAAGAACGGGAUCAAAGAUGUCCGGCAUCACAGGUGGUUCAGCAGCAUGAACUGGCACAAGCUGCGCAUGGGUCAGCUUGAUGCUCCAACAGUACGACUCGUACGCAAGGGUCCGUGCUACAUCAACUUCGAUCAGUUUCCUCAGGACCACACGAAGGCCGACGAGGAGUUCUCCGGUUGGGACUGCGACUUCUGA